UUCAAUGGUUGUAGAGUAUAUAUUCAGUUUAUAUCACUGUCCAGCAAAACCUUGAUAACUCUUAACCGAUCUUUGUCUCUUUUAUGAGGGAAAAUCUUGGCCAUACAUUUCUAAUCCUCUGAGUCUCUUUUGGGGUUUGGGGUUUUGGUUGCUGCUUAUAUUUAGUAUCUCACAGGACGAUUUCUUGCUUUUGGUUUCUGGUUUUUUGUUCUCUGUUAGAGUAAUAGAACAGGGAGAGAGAGAGGGGUUUUGGCGUUGUGGAAAGGAGCAAGCGAGGUUGUGGGUUAGCGGAUUUAUGUCGGCUGGGUUUGAUUUGGUGCUGAUUGGGGCUCUGUUGCAGCUCUGGCUUUUCUCUACUGCGAUCUUCUCUGCGUUUUUUGCUCUCUGCUCUUGCUAUUGCAUGCUUCUCUGCUGUUUCUGGCAGAGAUUGAAUCUGGUGAAUCCGUCCGUUUCGAUGCGUUUGAGGCCAAAGAGGACUUGUUCUGGAGUGGAGUGCUUUGGGGCUUUUCAUAUAAAACGAUAUUCUUUCCUUUUCUUGUUCCUCAGAGGGGGUCUCACUUGAUAUCGUUGAGAUUCUGAGAGAUUUUUGCCCUCUUUUUUAGCUUUCUCUGAUUUUCUUUUGCAUUGUACUUGAAAAUUUCCUGGGUAUUUUGAGGGGUUAGUUUGCGAGAGAUUUUUCCUGUUUGUCAUAAUGUCAGAGCCACAGAAACGACCUGCCAAUCUGAACAACAUCUGCAAGAAGACUAAGAAACCUACAGGUCCUGUUGUAGAGUCCAAAACGAUGAGGAAAGUCCGUGUAAUCUGUUCAGAUCCAUACGCUACCGACUCAUCUUCAAGCGAGAAUGAGUCUGAGAGAAGCGAUAGGAGGCCCAAGAAACUUAAACGAUUCGUCCGCGAAAUCACUCUUCCUCUUCUUGUUGAAAAACAAGCACCGAAGCCCCUUGAGACAGAGAGUUCUUCCCAGGACAGUAACGUUGAAGCCAGAGACCCCGAGAAGAAAAGGGUUUUGGCUAAAACCCCAUCGAUGGGUAAUAGAAGACCCUCAUCCUCAAAAUACAGAGGGGUUAGGCAAAGGAAAUGGGGCAAAUGGGCGGCUGAGAUUCGAGACCCGUUUAAAGGAGCAAGGAUUUGGUUGGGCACUUACAAUACUCCUGAAGAGGCUUCUGCGGUUUACGAGCGCAAGAGGCUCGAAUUCGAAGCCGCUCUGGCUGCCAUUUCCGAUGCCGCCCCUGAGAAGAGCAACAACGCGUCGUCGUCUUCUGCUGCGAUUUCUAAGUCAAAGAGCCACCAUUUGGGUUCUUCAGAUGACUCUGAGAGCGUGUUGUCACACACCUCUCCGGCUUCGGUGCUAGAGUUGGAGACCUCUGCGUCCAACACCAAUGCGAUUCUCACUGACGCAGUAAAAGAAGAGGGUGUUGAUACUAAUGCUGAGAUUGAUUUGGCAAGCCUUCAGAUACCCGAAGAUUUUGGUCUGUUUGGCGAUGUUCCGUUUGAGCAAGAGCUUAGUUUUGUGCCGGAGUUCGAUUCCCUCGGAUUUGAUAAUAUUGGGCAGUUUUUUGACGGCUUCGAUGUUUGUGGGUUUGAGGACGGUGAACCUAGUGAGCUUCCUGACUGGGACUUAGGUGAGAUUGGCGAUGACAUUACUGGUUGGAUGAAUGAACCCCUCAAUAUACCCUGCCUUUAAGUUUUGCAGUUUAGGAUCUAUUAGUAUCUGUUAUUGUAAGUUCCUUUUUGUUUUUCGUUCAAGAGCGUUGAGAGUCUUAGGAACCGGAAGAUUUGUUCCUGAGAGAGUGGUUUUUUGAGUGGUUUUAGGUUUUAUUUGUUUCUGCUGUUGAGAGAUGGGGAGGGAUGAGCCACCAUUGUAGUCCUUUGGGUUUUCCUGUGCUAUAAGAGCCGUCCAAGGGUUCUAGAAGGGGGAGAGAGUGCUUCCUUGUUGCUGAGUGUCAAAAGUUUUGCUCAUUUCCUCGGCAUCUCCUUUUGUUUCUAUCAUAUCGUUAUAUGAGUAUGAAAUGAAAUCAAUUUUCUGCUA